GGAAAGACGUGCUCCAUUUUCUGCAACCCGACACACUCGGCAGUCUGCUAUUUUUUUCCCCCCUUCAAGACUACAGGGCUGCGGAGCCAGCCAAUUCGUUCUGGUGAGUUGUGCGUUUGGCGUUACUUUUCCUUCUUGAGGCAGGCCGUUCAGUGCGGAGACGGAAGUCCGCUUUAAGCGCCGUGGCGAAGACCAGCUGAGUCCGCCUGGUGUCGUAUGCACAGCGAUCGCACCCCUACCAUUGGCGUCGUGUUAAGUGUCCAGAAAGCGCAUGCUCCCCAAGAACCCCAAUACCUCAUUCAUCUCGCUUCUCUUGACAGUCUGCUCGAGCUUGCCCUGAGCAUCGCUUUCCCUGAUCUCGAAUCCAGACCCGCCACCCGAAUAUCGACCGACGUAAUUAAGCUCGCCCAGCUAACCGUCCAAGCGUCGCAGUUGGCCCGACUCUGAUACUCGUUGCUCCUCCGCCGCCACGCUUGGCCUGAUUGCGCCGGUCAGCAGCACAGUCUCUCGGCCUUCCUUCAUGGCAUGAUCCACACAUCCUCACAAGAUUACACGGCAAGAUGAGGUUAAUCGGGGGUGCUCUGGCGACGCUGGGCAUCCUGUCCCUUCGGGUGCUGGCUGCAAGCGAUGGACCGGAGAUAUCGCAGAAGAAGUUCCCGGCACCGCCUAUCAACCUGUUCUACUUUGACGACUCGGAGACCGUCAUGGUGCUAGAUCCGAAGCACCAGACCGUCUAUCGCUCCGAUGACGCAGGCGAGAAGUGGGAGCCUGUUGACGAAAUUCCGAAUGGCCAGGUAAGCUACAUCAUGCCUGAUCCGCAUGACAGCUCUGUAGCCAUUGCGAUGGGAAUGUAUACCAAACACUGGAUCACGUACGAUCGAGGAAAGUCCUGGCGAGCGUUUGAAACGAGCGAGCCCGCCACGCAAGAUAUGAGCAAGGAGCCCUUCAGCUUCCAUGCGACGGACAGCAAGCGCAUCCUCUUCCAUGGCCAGGAAGAUUGCCUGCUCGGCGGCGACUCGUGCGUCGGCAAGACGUACUACACCACCAACGGGUUCGUGGACAACGAAAUGUCUCUCGUUCACGGCCGGCGACGACAUUGCAUAUGGGCAAAGUCAAACGUGCUGUUCGAUACAGGCAGCGACGCCACAGAUAAGAGCAGGAUCAUAUGCAUCGUCGAGGGCAAAUUCUCACCCCUGACCAAGGACUACAAGCUCAUUGUGUCGGACGAUUACUUCAAGACUGAACAAGAACCCGUCAUGGCUGGUGGACGUGAGGUCCGCGGCUUCGUGAGCAUGGCAGCUGUGCGAGGCUACAUUGUCGCUGCUGCCAAGUCUUUUGGAUCCCGCGAGCUUGGUCUCUACGUGACUACGAACGGUGAACGAUGGCAUCGUGCCGAAUUUGGUGACCACCGCAUCGAAGAGGACGCUUACACGAUCCUCGAGUCCACAAACUACAGCAUCCAAGUCGACGUGAUGACACAGCGCUUCAGCUAUAUGGGCAGCCUGUUUACCAGCAACUCGAACGGCACGUACUUUACCAAGAAUGUCGACCACACGAACCGCAGCCCCACGGGUAUUGUUGACUUCGAGAAGAUACAAAACAUUCAGGGCAUUGUGCUCGUGAAUGUGGUAAACAACUGGGAGGAAGUCCAGGAGCCGCUUAGUUUCGCCAAGAAGGAAAUCAAGAGCCGGAUUAGCUUCGACGAUGGGAGGACGUGGGAGCCGCUUAUGGUAGGCAAGGAAGAGUUGCAUAUUCAUUCGGUCACCGAGCAGCACAACAGUGGGCGUGUUUUCUCAAGCGCUGCACCGGGUAUUGUCAUGGGCAUCGGCAAUACUGGCAAGUUUCUGGAGGAUUACAACUCUGGAAGUCUGUUCGUGUCUGAUGAUGCCGGUCGAACUUGGAUUGCCACCAACCUCAAGGGACCGCAGAAGUAUGAGUUUUUGGAUCAGGGAUCGGUGCUAGUUGCUGUGGCCGAGAAGGAGAUUGACGAAGUUUCGUACUCUCUCGACCACGGGCGAACCUGGAAAACAGCCGAAUUGCCAGUCAAAGGUGUGCGUCCUUUUGAGCUAACAACAAUUCCGGAUGCCACGAGCUUGAAGGCUUUGCUAGUGGCCACGCAGGGCGAUGACUACUAUACCUUCACGCUCGAUUUUGAUGGCCUUCACGAGCGCAAAUGCGGCAACGACGAUUUCGAAAAGUGGUACGCACGCGUAGACGAUGACGGCAAUCCCUCCUGCAUCAUGGGCCACAAACAGUACUUCACUCGCCGCAAGCGCGACGCGAACUGCUUUGUCAAGGAACUCACCAAAGAGCAUCUUCCCCAAAGCGAACCAUGUGAUUGUACAGAUGCCGACUUCGAGUGCGAUUUCAACUACCAGCGGACUGCCGAUGGCGACUGCGAGCUGGUGGGUAAGAUGGUCAUUCCAGAAGGCUCGUGUAAGAAUCGUGACGACAAAUUCAAAGGUAGCUCUGGGUUCAGACUGAUUCCUGGCAACGAUUGCAAGCGAGUUAAGGGUCCGCAGAAGGACGACCUGGUUGAGCAUCCAUGUAGUGACGGACUGGGCACACCGGCCAGUGGCAAGAUUGAAGUCACCUUCAACGAGUUCAGAGGUGACAACUUUAGACAGACUUUUUAUCUCGAAAGAGAUAUACAGUCGAACCGCGAUGACGAGACUGUUGUCCUGCUCACAGACCGGAAUCAAGCAUGGAUCACGCACGACCACGGGAAAACCUGGGAACUCGUUAGAGACGAAGAGAUCCUCGCGAUCUACCCGCAUCAGUAUAACAACGACCACGUAUACUUUAUUACAGGCUCUCGCACUGUGUACUAUUCGAAGGACCGCGGAUUCGCCAUCAACGCUUUUGAAGCCCCAGAUGUUCCUGACCCCGAACGUCAGGUUCUCAGCUUCCAUCAAGACGAUCCGGACUGGCUGAUCUGGCUAGGCGACAAAAACUGUCAGGACCGCAACGAUCCGCUCUGCCACACCACGGCACAUGUCUCGCAGAAAGGCGGCGACGAUUGGACAACGCUGCUUAACUACAUAGAGAAGUGCCAGUUUAUGUACCGGGAAGGACGCAGAGAAAGCGAAAGCCUCAUUUACUGCGAGCAAUACCGAGCCGAAGACAAGAAGAACCCUCUACAGCUUAUCUCCAGCACGGACUUCUUCGCUCAUAAGGAAGUUGUGUUCGAUGACGUUGUCAAUUUCGCGACGAUGUCUGAAUUCAUCGUCGUAGCGGCCAAGACGGAAGACCACAAAUGGCUCAAGGUCGACGCGAGUGUCGAUGGAAAGACGUUCGCGCCAGCAGAGUUCCCUCCCAAUUUCCAGGUCGCACAUCAGCAGGCAUACACAGUUCUUGACAGCUCGACCAACUCGAUUUUCUUGCACGUCACCGUCAAUGGACAGGAGAACCGAGAGUACGGCACCAUACUCAAGAGCAACUCCAACGGUACUUCCUACGUCGUAAGUAUUCGACAUGUCAACCGCAACCUGUACGGUUAUGUCGAUUUCGAGAAAAUGCAGGGCAUCGAGGGCGUAGCCAUUGUUAAUCAAGUUGCGAACGCGGAUGCUGUUGACCAUGGUGCGCCUAAGCAGCUGAAGACACUUAUCACGCACAAUGACGGCGCGGAUUGGGCGUACCUCCCCAAACCGGCGACGGAUCUCGAUGGCAAGAAAUGGGACUGCGACGGCAAAGGCGAUGAUCUAUGCUCUCUUCAUCUGCACGGCUACACAGAGCGCAAAGAUCCUAGGGACACGUAUUCGUCUCCUUCAGCUAUUGGCGUCAUGAUUGGUGUCGGUAACGUGGGCGACCGUCUAGGCUCCUACAACGAGGGAGACACUUUCAUUACAACGGACGGAGGUAUCACUUGGAAGGUUGCAAUGAAGGGCACGUACAUGUGGGAAUACGGCGAUCAGGGAUCCAUCAUUGUGCUAGUCGAACGGAAUACGCCUACGAAGACGAUCUUUUACACUCUCGACGAAGGCAAGGAAUGGAAAUCCUUCCAGUUCAGCGAGUCGAAGAUGCUCGUCGAGCGCAUCACCACGGUGCCAAGCGACAAUUCUAGGAACUUCCUGCUCUGGGGCAAAGCGGAUCGCAAACUCACCACUGUCAACCUGGACUUCACAGGACUGACGUCGGAACAAUGCAAGCUCGACAAGAGCAAUCUCGACUCCGAAGAAAGCGAUUACUACCUCUGGCACCCCACCCACCCGCUAAAGCGUGAAGAGCCAGAGUGCCUGUUUGGCCAUGUCGCACAGUACUAUCGCAAGAAACCUGACAGGCUCUGCUACAACGGCCCGCUCAUCGACAAGCUUCACGACAUUGAGCGCAACUGCUCCUGCACGCGUGACGACUUCGAGUGCGCGUACAAUUACGAACGCCAACCGGACGGAUCAUGCCGUCUCGUCGAAGGCCUGUCGCCACCGGAUCCAAUGGAGGUUUGCAGGAACGACAAGAACGCAUUCGAGUACUGGGACGUUACACCGUACCGCAAAAUCCCGAUUUCGACGUGUCACGGCGGCAAGGAAAUGGAGCACACCGGCUCACGCCACCCUUGUCCCGGCAAGGAGGAAGAGUUUGCCAAGAAGCGUGGUAUAUCUGGCGUGGGUAUUUUCUUUGCCAUCGUGAUACCAUUUGCGGCCGCCUCUGCCGUUGGCUACUGGGUAUACAAGAAUUGGGGAGGCAAGUUUGGCGCCAUCAGACUGGGCGAGACACCGUCCAGGUCGUUCACCGACAGCCCUUGGGUACAGUGGCCUGUGGCAGCAGUCUCCGGACUCGUCGCCGUGCUAGCCGCCUUGCCGCUGCUCGUCGGCUCGCUCUGGAGAAGCGUGAGAGGCAUGUUUGGCGGGUACGGAGGCAGGACAUACACAAGCCGGAGCAGCUUUGCGAGGGGCAGAGGCGACUACGCGGCUGUGGACAACGAUGCAGAUGAACUCUUGGGCGAUGAAUCGGACGAAGAGGUAUAAACAAGCUGGACAGGUAUCCGAGGCGAUGUUUUCUUUUCUCUUCCUUCGGCCCUCUCCAUGAUGAAUCUGUGUCUGCAUGCUUGGGGACUGGCUAGGUCGGAUUGUAGGCUAGAGGCGUUGGUAGCGUGCAAAGUUCGUGUAAAAACAAAGUUCAUUGUCGAUGUAACUGCCAUUCGACGGCAUCUACGAGCAUACAGGGAGAAUUGUCCAAUCUACAAAUCACGCUUCUUUGUUUCGCGCA